AUGGCUCUAGGAAAACUGAAUGAGUAUUUUAUAGAAGAUCUCGAAUUACUUACUCACAUCGAAAAUUCACAGAUAAGUAAACUACGUCCAACGGUAAGCGGUGAGCCUACAGUCGUUGCCUGUAAUAUUAAUAUAAACAGUUUUGACUCCGUGUCAGAAAGCAGUAUGGAUUAUGAACUUACAAUAUUUCUCAGACAAGCGUGGCACGAUCCCCGAUUGCGUCACAACUCAACCAGUACAAUCGUUAUCAACGGUGGUGAUGUGUUGAACAUGGUCUGGGUACCGGAUCUGUUUUUCAGUAACGCAAAGUCUGCCGCCAUUCAUAGUAGCCCAAAGGAAAACCUGCUGUUGAGAAUAGAACCAAGUGGUAAUGUUUUAUAUAGUAUACGACUAAGUUUGGUGUUAUCGUGUUAUAUGUUUCUCGGUAAAUUUCCCAUGGAUACGCAGGAAUGUCAUAUGCUACUAGAAUCAUAUUCGUAUAAUACGAACGAAUUAACAUUGAUGUGGUUACGUAAUACCACUGCUGUUGAGAUCCAUGAUGAUGUUAAGUUGCCACAGUACUACCUGAACAAAAUUGAGGAAUAUACCAAUGUGACACAUUACAUGACGGGCGAUUUCACACAUCUUGGAGUCAGAUUUUUCCUAGUUCGAAGCCUUGGAUUCUACGUGCUACAAGCGUAUGUGCCGAGUUCUCUCUUGGUGGCGCUGUCAUGGCUCUCGGUCUGGGUAGAAAUAUCUGCAGCGCCAGCUCGUGUGGCUUUAGGAGUUACUACUGUUUUAGCAUUGGUCACACAGGCAACGUGGUUACGUGGCCAGUUACCUAAGAUAGCUUAUGCCACGGCCAUUGACGUAUGGAUGGUUACCUGCCAGGUAUUAGUAUUCUUAGUCUUAUUAGAAUAUUCAGUGGUGUAUUAUUUAUAUUCACUUGAAAAGGGACAGUACGCAGAAAGAAGAAAAAAACGAGAGCACAAGAAAUCAAUGAGAGAAAAUUCGAUGAAAGACGAGAAAUCAAAUCGAAAGACAUCUACGUGCGUGAGUAAUGAAGACGGAAACAUGAACAACGUGAACGCCGAUACACGGCUUGUCCGCUACAAGGCAGAAUUACGACAACGUCUUAAAGAGCGCCCCCUGCUGAUGAGACAAGAAACGCGAGUGUUAACAACGGCUGAGUUGAUUAUAGAGAUCUCAAAAUUAAUUGUCAUGAAGACAGACAAACUGAAGAUGUUUGAGCUCUCAGAAUGUCUUUCAGUUAUGAUAGAUAAAACUUACACACUCUCUUUCUAUAAGGUCAUUGAUGACAUGAUUAGAAGAAUGCAAACCAAUGGUAUUAAAUUAUUAGCAUCGCUUGCACUGAGUGAUGACCCAAUUCCAGUUCUUAAAAUUAUAAAGACGUUUGCAGAAUACGAGGAACGUUAUCAUCACGUUAUUAAUUCAACAGCUGCGUAUUCCGAAAUCAUACCGCACAUGUGGCAUAGUUUGGGGUAUGAUGCAGUUUGGUCAGUAGCUCUGGCACUGAAUGCAAGCAUCAAUGACAUGGCACUGAUGGGAUGGUGGGAAAUUGAAGACCCAAGUAUCGACUGUACACGUAAAGAGUUAAAAAUAGCUACGCAGAGUGUCAUAGAAAUUUUCCAGGAUGCUAAGCGUUACGACAAUGUUACUAACAUCAAUGGUGAAUUGUCUUGGAAUAUGACUGUAAGAAACAAAAUGAAAUUACAAACUAUGUCGUGUGCUCAACAACUCAUACAAAUCAGUAUUUCCGUUAACAACAUCAUGGUAUCUUUCAUUGUCGUUAUAUCGCUUUCAUUUGUACUAAAGAGUGACCCAUUUCUUGGUUUUGCCUUCUUCUUUUUUCCGAUAUGGAUCUGUACUUCAAUGACACUUUGUAUGAUGUUCAUUCCAAAGAUUUGUGUGAUAGUAAAAGACCCAAGUGGGGCCAAACAACACGAGGAACGUACAAGGGUUGGUCUGACAGUUCCGACUACAUUGCGUGAUCUCCACAGUAAAGCCCGACGUAAAAAUUCAAAAGCUACAAUCGAAACAAUGGUUGAAUAA